AUUGGUUCUCCGCGGACACCCAAAGAAGCUAAGAGACGGUCCCGCCUCCCUCCCUCAUCCCGGAGAGGGAGCUCCACGGAUUGGUCCCGGGAGUCUCGGCGCGCAGACCGACGCUCCAGGAUUGGCUGAGGGGGAGGGAGCUCGCGCAGUCGUGGAGCGUGGACUGUGAUUAGCCGGAGGGUGGGACCUGCUAUUUGAAGGAGGCGCGCGGAGGAGAUACGCACUUUAGAUCGCGGUGGGAGGGAGCGGGAGCGGCUUCGGGCAACGCUGCUCCGCUGACCCGAUAGGACCCAGACGCGGGCUCGGCCCCAGCUCUGGCCCCGGCUGCGACCCGACGAGGCGAUGGCUAAGGUGUCGGUGUUGAACGUGGCGGUGCUGGAGAAUCCGUGCCCUUUCCACAGCCCCUUCCGGUUCGAGAUCAGCUUCGAGUGCAAUGAGGCCCUAGCAGACGACCUGGAAUGGAAGAUCAUUUACGUUGGCUCAGCCGAGAGUGAGGAGUUUGAUCAAAUCUUAGACUCAGUGCUGGUCGGCCCUGUCCCAGCAGGGAGACACAUGUUCGUCUUUCAGGCCGAUGCCCCCAACCCAUCCCUCAUCCCUGAGACGGACGCCGUGGGUGUGACUGUGGUCCUCAUCACCUGCACCUACCACGGACAGGAGUUCAUCCGAGUGGGCUACUACGUCAACAAUGAGUACCCUAACCCUGAGCUGCGGGAGAACCCACCCCAAAAGCCAGACUUCUCUCAGCUCCAGCGGAACAUCUUGACCUCAAACCCCCGGGUGACCCGCUUCCACAUCAACUGGGACAACAACACAGACAGGCUGGAGGCCAUAGAGAACCACGACCCAGCCCUGGGCUGUGGCUUCCCCCUCAGCUGCACUCCCAUCAAGGGCUUAGGUCUCCCUGGCUGUAUCCCUGGGCUCCUCCCUGAGAACUCCAUGGACUGCAUCUAACUGUGGGACUGUAGGCCCUACCUGGGCCCAGUUGGGACUGCGGGCCAGUCUCCUGGCACAUCUGGAGGGGGCAGCCGGGCCUACCAGAGAGUCUCAGGGAGGCCACGUGGAGGACUUUGGGGCCAUCAACUAUAUCCAGGCCAGUCAAACUUGGCACCAAGGAAGGAAGGGGUUCAGGUCUCUCUCUCCCAGCCCCGGCCCAGAGGAUCAUCUCACCUCUACUGCCCAGGCCUGAAAGAAGCAGGUACUUCAGUUCUUAAUUCUUUCUCUCUCGUGUCCUUUCUCGCUUCCACACACAUUAUAAACUCCACCUGCGGGCCACUGUGUCACUGCACUCCAAUAGUACUGUUGACCCAAAGCUCUUCCCACAGACCUCCCUGGCCUGCCUUGAGGAUUUCUUGGUCUAUGCCUGGCAAGGCUUCAGCCCUGUUGGGCCAAAGGCUCUGUCAUUCAUUUUCCUUCCCAAACAUCUGAGCAGACCCACCCAGCUUUCUGGAGUCACAGGCCAGGAGCCUUGGUAGAAGGUGGACUCGGACACAAUUUCUGUCCUUCUCCUAGGAUGAUUUUUAGGUCUUUUCAAUCCAGUAGCCCUCUGGAAAACUCUGUUCCCAGAAGGGUGAUCAGCAGGAUGCUGAGAAAAGAUGGUUGAUGCUCCCCUCAGUCGCAGCCACCUUCCUGCUGCCUCCCAGCUGGAUCUGGCUCUCCCUGGAGGCUGCCCUUGUGGGAAGAUGGUAUGUUGGAGGGGCCUUUUGUGCUCUGUCUCAAUAUCGGUAUCAGGGCCCCUCUGCUUCUGGCUGCCUUGAUCUGCCCUCUGCUAAGACCUCAUGCUCUCAGAGGCCACAGUGCAGACAAGAGAAGCAGGAGGGACCCUGAAAACCUUCCCCCCUCCACCACGCUCCCCACCCUUGCCCACAUCCCCUCGCUGCUACAUGGAUGCUGUUGUGAUGGUAGUUUGUCUGUUGAAAGGUUUUUAUAUUAAAUAUGUUUGGUUGGUCUACAAAUAAAAAGCACUUCAUCUA